AUGGAGCUCAUUUGGGAUCGUUAUUACAGCUUCACGAAGAGAGUUUUAUCGCUCGCCGGACAGUGGCCUUAUCAGAAUAAGAAUGAGAAGAUGCUCAGGUUGAGUAUAGUAACGACUGCCGUACUUGUCAUAAACGUUCCACAGACGUGCAAAUUUAUUCAAUGCGACAAAAACUUGGAGUGCAUUACCAGGACUCUGCCACCGUAUAUACUCGUACUUGUGGUCAUGGUGAAGCUGUAUAUAAGCCAAUUCAGGGCUAGCAAAAUUAAGAUUCUCACGGAUCGCGUUUCCAUCGAUUGGAAAAGAUUGCAGAACGUGGAAGAGUACGAAAUCAUGGAGACGUACGUUACGAGUGCGAGAUGGAUUGUCCUUAUGUAUACCGCAGUUUGUAUGAUAGGUCUCCACAUAUUUAUCUUAGUGUCUCUCAUACCGCACAUACUGGACAUCGUGUUACCCCUCAACGAGUCCCGCCCCAUAGUGUUGCCGUUUGAGGCGUAUUACUUCGUUGAUGAGAGAAAAUACUUCUUUUAUAUUUUCUGUUACGAUCUCAUAGCCGCGGAAAUAGGUAUGAUAGGUCUUAUCGCCUACGAUAUCAUAUUCUUUACUUUCGUGGAACACGUCUGUGGCAUCUUCGCUGUAACCGGAUUUCGUUUCGAGCAUUUGGUAUUUGAGAAUAUCGAUGCAGUAAAAGUUGUUAAUAAUGACACGGAUGAGACGUAUAAUAAUAGAAUGGCGUGCAGCGUUGACGCGCAUCGUGCAGCUCUAGAAUUCGCGGAACGUCUUGAGAAUACUUUUUCCUUAAAUUUCGGUAUAGAAUUACUGUUAGUGACAGUAGUACUGAGUAUCACCCUAUUGCAAAUCACAAUGCAAUCCGAGGACACUGUAGAAACAAUGAGGUACGUUCUCUACGUGCUCGCCCAACUGGUUCACUUACUCGUCUUUUGUUGUGAAGGCCAAAGACUGAUAGACCACAGUCUGCAAAUACGUGAUAAAAUGUAAGGCAACCGCGUUAAUGUCGAAAUUAACGUUCAAU